AUGAUCAGCUCGUUUUCGGUACGUCCAGUGCUCCAUGGAUUGAAACAAACCCAGAGGUAUAUUUCUACCAGUUAUACUUUAUUAGCAGAAGAAGCCAGUGAAUCUAAUGGUGAUAGUAUAGUGACAUUAGCCACACCAGUAAAGGUGUUGACAAAAGAACAACUUAAGAAAAAAGAAUUACGUAAAUUUCUAAAGAGUAAAGCGGAUGCUAGAAAGUCAGCUUCAGACUAUCCUUUAUAUAUGGAUAUCCCUAGUGCAUUGAGAUAUUUAAGAGCAGCAGAAGUAGGACAACCUUUUUCGCAACGUACUGUCUCGUUAACGACAAUAAUUGUCGGGGAGAAAGGUGUCCCUCCAUUAUAUGGUAAUAUCAGUUUCCCAACUCCUUUGAGAAAGAGUAAAGUUGCUGUGUUUAGUAAUGAUGUUGAAAAACUAGAAGAAUUAAAGAAAAAAUAUGAUUUACAUUUAGCAGGUGGUGUUGAAUUAAUAGCAGGUAUUAAAGAUGGUAAUAUAAAAAUUGAUUUUGAUAAAGCAUUUGCAACACCAGAUAUUAUUAGUACGUUAACUGCUCAACUAGGUCGUGUAUUGGGUCCCAAAGGUGUAUUACCAAACGUCAAGAAAGGUACAGUCUCUGACGAUCUUUUAACUUUGAUUAGCGAAAAUUUGGGCACAAUGCCAUUUAGAGAACGUAACAAAUCUAUUAGCAUUGGUAUCGGUAAGACAAAUUUUAGUGAUGAACAAAUCAUUCAAAACAUUAUUGCAGCAAGAAAGGCCAUCAAAGAAUCUAUUACUACUCAAAAGGCUAAGAAGCAAAGUAUGUUGAGUAAAACUACGUUGACUAGUUCGCAUGGUCCUGGUUUGGUUAUCGAUUUCAACUAG